CAUUGGCCAUCCUUGGGACGUUUAACUCGGAACUUGUAGAGGUUGAUCGGAGCUCUGGCCUGUUGGAAGGAAGCCAGGUCCCUGAUUCGUAUCACAGAGAGACAGAUCCAAGAAGACUGUGACCCUCUGAAAAUAGACCUAAAUAAUGGUGCAGGAAAGACAGCGUCGAGGUGAGGAAAGGGAGUCUGCUGGAUGCUGAGACUCUGGUCAGUUGCUGUGAUUUCCAUCUUACUCCUCAGCGCCUGUUUCGUUGCGAGCUGUGUGUUGACUUACCAGUUUACGACGGACAACCCCAAUAGAAGACUGUUUGAACUCCAUACAUAUCAUUCCAGUAUCAGCUGCUUCAGUGAAGGGACCAUGGUGUCAGAAAAAAUGUGGGGAUGCUGCCCAAAUCACUGGAAGCCAUUUGGCUCCAGCUGCUACCUCAUUUCCACCAAGGAGAACUUCUGGAGCAUCAGUGAGCAGAACUGCGUUGAGAUGGGAGCCCAUUUGGUGGUGAUCAAUACUGAAGCUGAGCAGACUUUCAUUACCCAACAGCUGAAUGAGUCACUUUCUUACUUUCUGGGGCUUUCUGAUCCACAAGGUAACGGCAAAUGGCAAUGGACUGAUAAUACUCCUCUCAGUCAAACUGUCAGGUUCUGGCACCCAAAUGAGCCCAAUUCUCCUGCAGAGCGAUGUGCUUCGAUAGUUUUCUGGAAUCCUGCGAAAUGGGCUUGGAACGAUGUUUUGUGUGAUACUAAACGGCGUUCAAUAUGUGAAAUGAAGAAGAUUUAUCUAUGAGUGGCAUUUUAUUCAUUUAUACCUUUAAAGUCCAGGCCCACCAAGAAACCAUGUCUUCUUGGCAUGUGCGUGUGACUGUAGCCAUUCUCUCUCUAGAUGCUCCUUUUCCCUGAAGACAGAGUGUGUCCUUUCUCUCUGUGAUGGCUAGAGUUUUGCCAGCUUGGCACAAACUAGAGCCACCUGGGAAGGAGGAUCCCCAGCUAAGGAAUUGCCUCCACCAGACUGGCUUGUCAGCAAGUCUGUGGGGCAUUUUCUUGAUUAAUGAUUGUCGUAAGACGAUCCGGUGGGCACCUGGGCAGGUGGUCAUGGGUUGUGUAAGAAAGCAAGCUGUGAAAGCCAUGGAGAAGAAGCCGGUAGGCAUCAUGCCUCCAUCUCUGCCCUCGGGUUCCUGCCCCAGGUUCUUGCCCCUGUCUUCUUUCUAUGACAAACUGCUAUUAGUUGAAAGUAUAAUACGAAAUAAACGGUUCCUCCAA